AAAAUGCGUCGGUCUCACGGAGUACCGUAGUUUCAGAACGACUUCCGUUUCCAUGGCGCGCUAUGACGUAACUUCGCCCUAACAAAGAUUCCCCAGAUCUUUGAAGGAACUUCCUGGUUUUUAAGAGACAUUUUCCAACGUUUCCAAGAGUUUUGACUUGUUAAAAAUGUCGGUCUUUGGUUCUAAGCCAGAAUUUAACCUCCAGAAAAAUACAGUCCUGGUCAGCAAAACAAACCAGUUCAUAGUGGAAGACCUGAUAGCGCGCGGAGGCUACGGAUUUGUGAUAAAGUGUAAGAAGGUGGAGACGGAGGAGAGGGUGGCCAUAAAGCUGGUGAAGCGAUCGCAGUACGACUCCGGCGUGAAUGAAAUGAAAAUUUUUAAGACUCUCAGACAAUUUAAGGGCAGCAAUACAAACAUAGUAAAAUUUCUGGACCAUUUUGAGCACAACAACCAUUUCUGCCUGGCAUUUGAGAUGUUGGACAUUAAUCUGUACGAAUACAUCAGAUGCAGGUAUUUUUUUCCUUUGGACAUCAAUGAAAUCCGAGUUUUGGCCCAGCAGCUGCUUGUAGCUCUGAAAGUCCUGAAAGAGUUACGUGUAACACACAGAGAUAUAAAAUGUGACAACAUCAUGCUAGUGGAUCGCGUGUCGCAGCCGCUGCGUGUGAAGCUGAUAGACUUUGGUCUCUCCACCAGAACCUACAGCAUGAGGAAUUACGUCUUCAAGCAGCCGCUUUCUUACCGAUCCCCAGACGUCAUCCUGGACUUUCCUUUGGAUGAAGCUAUAGACAUGUGGGGUCUCGGAUGUGUUUUAGCUUUUUUGUACCUCGGUCGCCACCUGUUUCCCUCACGGGCCGAGUACGAAACCUUAAGUGUGAUGGUCAAGCUUCUAGGUAAGCCUCACGAUACUCUGCUGACCUUCGGACUUGGCACAGGCCGGUUCUUUAAGUGCGUCAAAGGGGAAUUUACGUACACUUGGUCACUAAAAACGGUAGAGGAAUAUUAUGAUGACUUGGGCGAAGUGGUCGUGCUUCGUCCUGGAGUUCAUUCGGACCUGAGCUGUUUGGAUGACCUGCAGAAAAAGCGACCAGAGCCCAAGGAUCCUUUGGAAAAGAGGGAUUUACUGUCUUUCAUUGACCUUCUCAAAAUGAUGCUGGAUAUGAAUCCUUCGAGGCGCAUCGCCCCCCUGAAGGCGUUGAACCAUGAGUUUAUUACGAUGGCUCACCUGUCUGCUGACUCCGGCUGCCCUUAUGUGAUUGCUUCCCAGACGAAGAUGGUAAAGGUGGAAGAGGAAGAGCCUGAAGCGGAGAACUCCACCUCUGCAGGACCCAGCGUGCCACAGGAGAGCUUAGACUCAACUCCUCAUGUAGAUGGCAAUAAGGACUCGGAGAAGAAAGCGACCGAGCAGAAACAAGCAGCACCGGACCCGGGGCCUACCGUCACCAAAGGUCAGGCGAAACCGGCCUGGAGACCGGCAGGCAUGAACCCAACCGGCCAUAAAACAGGAGCGUCGACAAGUUCAAGCAGGCACACCACGGUUCCUCCAGCUACCGUCAGCAAGAACAAAAACAAGAGUAACAAUUGCAAACCUGGGAAACCAGGUCCUGAGAGCUCAGAUAAUUUCUCUUGUACCAAAUCCUCAUCUUCAGUCAGUUCUGCAGAGAUCUCAGCCAGUCAAAGCAGAGACGACCCAACUGCUGCUGAAGUCGAUUCAGAGGCAAUACUCCUAAAGAUCUUUGAGGGUUUUAGACUUAAAAAAGCGGCCACCUCAAAGUCUCCAUUUCCAACUGAUUGCUGUGAUCCCGAAACAGAAACCCCCUCCGAUCUGAGCAAGAAGCCCACCGACGUUUCAAAAACGCCCGGCAGUAAAGAUGAAAAUAACAAAAGUACUGAUAAAAUUUCAAACUGUGUACGAUUCAACACAAAGCCUUCAUGUUUAGGAGGUUUGGACCAGGAAACACAAGAAGCACCAACCAGUUGGGCCGACAGAGACGGAAAAUACAGAAAUACCAGAAUGAAAUCACAAGUUGUCAAAGUGAAUCCCAUCGUCAGGGUUACAAACAAGAAACUCACGACUGAAGACCAGGAACCAGACGAACUGACCUGGUCCGACAGCACCAGGAAGCCGGACCGCUCUGCCAGAACCACGCUCACACACCGCCCUGCUUCUGUCCAGGUCCGGUCCGACCAAACCGAGAACUGCGCUCAACUCAUCCAGGUCAAAACGAGGAACACGUGUCUCAAGAGGAUGAGGAACUUUGCCACGCGGGUCUUCAGAUGUUUAAAGUAGCAGAUUUUUCUCAGCUCUGUGGUCCGGAGUCUGGGUUUCCAGAGCCGGGGUUCUGGAGCUGGGUCAGGGAACCAGCCCAAGGUCUGCCCCGCAGGUGGAGGUGUUCUCCAGGAGCGCCGGUCCUCCUACUGAUCCAGCAGGUUCCUCCUCGGACCUCAGGGGAAUCCCAGCAGAUUUUCCUCCUUCAUCAGAAAUCUUGCUAUCAUGAGUCAAACUUCAGACAUGGGGGCCAGAGUCCUGCUGCAGCUCCUGGUCCAGCACAGCAGAAUCACGAUGGCUCCUCAGAAUGGAAACAAGGCGUCCUGAUAGAAACCCGACUGUCUGGUUCCGCUGCAGCACAGGAGCAUCGAGGAGCUGCAGGUCUGGAGUUUGACUCCUGCUCUCCUCCUUCUUCAACCUUCAGUUAACCAGAAUAAAAUCUCCUUCAGAUUAAAGAUCUGAGGCAGCAGCACAGUUACAGUAGUUACACUCUGUCUCAUCAUCAUCAUUAAAACAUAAAACCCAGAUUCUGUGAUCAGAUGACAAACACACUGACUGUUUCUCUUUUAAAAGAAUGACAUGAGUGAGAGCUUUUAAUCUCAGCUUCCACAGCAUGAAGCCGCUUGGAGGCAGAUUAUCUCACAUUAGAAAACACAGAAAAUAAUCUGACAUUUACAAAAUGUCUUUUCCUUCAACAGAUAAACAGAACUUCAUUCUAAUAAGAUGAGUGGUUUUUUAAUAGUGACGGUUAUGUCCAGGUGUUUGCUCUGUCCUGCUGCUCUAUAAAGCAGCUAAAGCUGUUAGCUCCUUACUUCAGCAUAGAAACGUCUCCUGGUUGUCCAGAACAUUGCAACUGCAACCAAUGCAACUCAAACCAAAGUCAGAUAAAAACAUUUCAUAAGUGCUAGCUUUAAAUCAAAGCAGAAGCUGGCUUUAGCUCCAUUAUACGAUAUUAACCUGACCUUUAAUCACGUUUUGGU